AUGUCGUGGUCAGCCUUUCCGGAAGAGCUGCGUGCCCAGGUCUUGGCAUUCGCUUUCGAAGAUGCCACUGUCCGAUAUGGCUCAGAAUCACCGCCAAUAAACUCAAAAGCAAUCGACUCAGCUCUGUGUGUCUACAGGAGGCAUGGUAUCUCCCCGUCAAGAUGGCAGCCGUUGUCCGCUCUCACGGUUUCCAAAGACUUUGCCUCUAUUGACACAAUCAACUUCGCACUACUGCAAAAUGCCAAGAUCGUACUCAACUCAAGGCAAGACAUCGACAAUCUCGCCACAUAUCUUGACAAAUUUGGCAAAAAGGGCGUGUAUAAGACCAUUUUAAUCAGCGACCGCUUUACCAAUGAAACUGGAUAUCAUCUCCGUGCCCUGCAACAGACCAUUGGUCGUUUCAAAGUCGUCGUCAACACCGACCGGAGAAUCUAUCUCUCCGCGAAACCUUCGUCGAACAUUGCGACGUUUUGCGCUGGAAGCAACCAAGCAAAGCCGGAAGAACAAUGUGAACAGGCACCAAGGACAGAUCAGCAGGGGUCUGAAAGCUGCAAGGGGCCAUCCAAGAUAACAUCCAAUACCUUCUGGAACGAUAGACUCAACGAUCCAGCCAAGGACUGCAAACACAUCCAAGCAUGGCUAGCAGAAGACUACGACAAAGCCGCUGUCAACAGAACCGAAGCCGAAACAACGUUACUCGUCACCUGUCAGGAAUGCAGGCCUCAGAAACCGCUUCAAACCUUCUCAUUAGGACGCUUGCUGAGGCAAGCAAUCAGCACCUCAACCGAACUAGAGAUGGAAAUCGAACUGGAAUUACUUCAACGUACCUGUCCAGGUUGCCACACCGACGAAUGGCAUGUACUGAAAGCGUUCUUCAGCACACGCACAUGGAGCCUACGACUUACCAAUGAAGGACAUGAGAUUGAGAUACCGCAAACUACGUCAAGGGAGUGCUUUGGAAAAGGGCUGAUCGAUGUUGCGGAGGGGGGCGAACGUGGACGGCUCGAGCGGAAAGAGAUGGUGCUCGUGCAUACGAAUAGUCGGGGAAGGGGCGAGGCUCAGUUUUGUUAUAUGUAUAGUUGUAAGGAGAAGGAGUUAUCUGAAGAGUUGGAGAAGUUGGUGAUAUAG